CUCGAGCCGAAACCGAAAGUCCGAGAGUGCAUUUUGUCCAGCGGGGUCGUCGCCCUGCAACCUCCCGCUGGCAUGUGGUGAGCGCCGGCCCGGGCAUGGCGCCGUGUCUGCUGCGGCUCUGCGCGCUCGCCGCGCUGCUGCGGCCCUGCGGGGCGGCGGAGCCGGCGGCGCCGGGGCAGCCUGCUGCGGGUUGGCCAGGGCUCCGCCGGCCCGGCGCCCCGGCGGCGGCGCUCGCGGGCGUGCGGCGGGCGGCCCAGGCGCCCACGGCAGGCGGCUGGCGGCCGCAGACGGCACUGCCCGCGGCGGCCCUUGGAGUGCAGACGCUGCUGCGGGACGACCACGCGGACGUUCAGGACAUGUUGCUGCAGCCGGUGCCGCCCUCCGUGGAGGCGCCCCUGAGCCAGCUGCAGGGCGGCCUCGGCGGCAGGGGGAGGCUGCAGUCCCUCGCGCAGCGGCAGCCGGUCCACCAGAGCGGCGCGCCACGCGAAUCCAACUCAGGCCUCGCUUGCCCUGGGAACUGCCAGGCGCACGACGCGAGACGCCGCCGAACAGCUGAACUGGCGGGCGAUCUCAGCCCAGCAGGCCCUUGCAUGGCUGAAUGGUGGUGCGGCCAGUGGGUCUUGUAGCGUUCUUGUGUGCUUCUCACGCUACGGCGGGGGCUCGCACGGCCGCCGCCGAGAAGCUGGCGCGAAACUUCGGUCAGGCAGGGUUCGUGUACGAUCGAGCGCAUCGCUCAUAUCAGCAAAGGCGUCGUCGCUGUCCCUCCUGUGUCCGCUCACCCUGUGACCCCUGGUCACCAGCGCGCGUGUUCCUCCGCCUCCUCGCGCACUCCUCACAUUCCCUAUAAGCAUCGUCGUAGCAUCCUGUUCAUUAUCGUCUCGCUUGUGC